AGCAUACUGGUGGUUGUUGAGUCUCUUCUUACAGAUAGACGAUCUUUGUCCACAGCAGCAGCAGCACUAAACACUAGACAUGGCGGACAGCGCGACUAAACCGUCUAAACGUGAAGCCGACAGCGCUGGAGCUGAUGAUUUAUCUCUGAAAGGCAAGCGGGCGAAGGCUGACAAUGAGAACGGUGGAGGAGAAACUGGGAAAGAACCUGAAAAUAUCCUGUCUGAGUUUAAAACGUCUAAAGUGUUGAGUGACUCUGCCAGAGAGAAGAACAUCUUCAUUCAUGGAAAGCUUGCCGACCAGGAGGCUGUGGUUAUCCUGGAGAAGACUCCCAUCAGAGAAGACACCCUGGCUGAGCUCUUCAGUGGCUCCAGGCUGAAGCUGGAGAUGAAGAACGACAUCUACAGCACUUAUCGGUUACAGCCUCCCCCGCAACUCAAUGAGAUCAAGACUACAGUCGUGUGUCCAGCCACAGAGAAGCACCUGAAGAAAUACCAGCGACAGGAGAGUUUCCUGGUGGAGGAGACGGGGGAGGACUAUCAGUCCAUCACUCUGCCCUACAUUCAGAAGCAGAGUUUCAGCGUGCAGUGGGUACACAACAUCCUGGAGAAGAAGGCAGAGGCUGACAGGAUAGUUUUCGAAGAUCCAGACCCAAAAGUCGGCUUUGUCCUCCUCCCUGAUUUCAAAUGGGACCAGAAACAGGUUGAUGAUUUAUACCUGAUUGCUAUCAUACAUCAGAGAGACAUCAGGAGUCUCAGAGACCUGACGUCAGAGCAUCUGCCACUGCUGCAGAACGUCUUCCAGAAAGGAAAGGAGGCCGUCCUGAAGCGCUACAGCCUUCCAGCCAGUAAGCUGAGAGUCUACCUGCACUACCAGCCGUCCUACUACCACCUUCACAUCCACUUCACCAAGCUGGGCUAUGAGGUGCCGGGCUGCGGCGUGGAGCGGGCCCACCUCCUCGCAGACGUUAUCCAGAACCUCCAGUCUGACCCCCAGUACUACAAGAACCGGACCCUGUACUUCCCCCUGAGGACGGACGACGGACUGCUCAGCAAGUUCAAGGAGGCGGGGAGGCUGUGAUGUACGUACUGUCAAACACUUAUUCUAAAAAAAAACUUUAAAAAAAACAGACGUUUUACACCGCCGCUGUAGUUUCAGCUGUGAGAUCGGCGGAGCAUUGUAAAACACACUUCAUUCAAACUCGACAGAAACAAAAUAAAACUCCCCAAAACCGUCCUGGUUAGUCUUUCCAACAAUCAACAACUUUGGUUUAGUCGAAAUAAACCCUUAUGUCACCUAGUUAGAUGUGAAAAUAUGCCAACUCUGUAUGUUUCCCCUAACCCUUUUUUUUUACUCUCUCUUUCUCUGCCCGCUCGUUCUUCGGAGGAAGACCAUUAAAAUGGUAAAGGUCGCUCAAAAACAAAAAACAACCAUGUACUCAGCCAAUCGCCUAUAGCAGAUAUUUGUCCAAAACCAAAAUAAGGAGUCAGCUGGCUGGAGAGGUAUCACCAGGAGAUCGCCUGAAAGUUAUUUCCAGUUAAUAUCACAAUAUAAAACAUGUGUUUUCUGUUUAAAAAGUACAAACAUUGGAAGAUAGCAAGUACCACUCUUAAAAAAAAAAUACCAUCUUUAAAGUUGUUCCAUCUCCAGUCUGAUGUGGAUUGCAUAGCUGAUAGGUGCGUGGUUUUGUUUACAUGACGUAACGUAACGUUCUGUGCCAUCAUUACGGUUGAAUUAUUCCUCGUUCAGCUUGACAUAACAUCACAUUUCUUUUUCAAUUCAUGAAAGGGACAUUGUGUGACUCCCUUCAUGCGGUGCAUUCAGUGCAGACAGCCACGGCAGUGCUGUUUUUUUUUUUUUUCACAAUCAAUAUUAAUUUUCAUAUGUGUUGUUUUUUUUACUAUUUCAAUUUAUAAUAUUUGUUGACAGCCCUAGUAGAGUCCCAUCCAAACUGUGGUUUUUGGAUCAUCUUUUUUAUGUGUGUUUUUUUUUUCUUUAAAUCAGUUUGGUGCUAGCCAGUCAGCUGUACGCUCCUAUCAAUGCCAUCCAGAGGAGUAUUUCACACUUCCAGUGAUUUAAUAAUCACCAGUAUUUUAUACAUAUUUGGAUACAUAAUUAGUACAUAUUUGAGUGAAUUCUCAGCUAGAUGUUUCUAUAAUAAUUUUCUUGUUAUUCCUGCUUUCAUUAAGAGAAAAGGAGAAAACAUAAGACUGGACGUCACGUGACACGAGUCAGGAUUUUAAUGUUUUUCAUAUGUUUUCUACAUGUUAACUGAAUGUUGCUGACUGAAUUAAAGAGUCAUUUUUUUCUACUCA